GGUAGGUGGUCCGUCCAACAGGCGGCUCCGGGUUCAGAUGAGGUGAAGCGAGGCAGACAGUGAGCGAAGCCCCGGUGUUUUAUCAGUGAGCUACUUUUGUUGUCAGUGUUGUUCCCACACUCAGGAUCUAGUGACACAUCGUGUCGAUACUUUAUUUUAUUGUUUUAAUUCUUCCCACACACAAACACACUCUUUAAACGUUUCGUCGGCGGCGUCAAGCUAGCUAGAAAUCAACCACCGGGAUUUCAAAACAAUAGCGUGGAAACUUGCCACUGUUGGACAAACGUUAAAAGACGCACAUUACUCAUAACAGGGAGCGGAGCCGAGCUGAGCUGAGCUGCCUGGUGGUGUCAUGCGAGGACAGCUCUAAGAGGGUGGUGGUAGACUGGAUGAUCGUUUCCCAGACGGGACUCACUCGGCCAACUCAUGGGGAAAUAAAAACACUGGAACACAAGGAAGGAGAUGCAUUUUAUGUAAAAGAAAAGACGGGCCAGACGAGCUGUGUGUGUGUGUGUGUGUGUGUGUGUGUGUGUAUGUGUGUGUGUGUGUGUGACUACACCUGAGGAGCGCCGCCUGCACCUGAAUGCAUCACAGGGGUCCGCGAUGGCAAAGGAACAGUCUUGCUCGCACAGGGACGGUGCUCGCGCUGCGUCCAGCAAGAACGCCAAAGACGAGAGCAACAGCACGACCUUGCUGGCGAUGCGCGAUGCCAAAGAUGCCGACGAGUCCAGCGGAAGCAGCUCCCGUUACAGCUCGGAGAAAGACUCCGGCUUCUCCGACGGCUCAGACUGGCAGCAGACGGACGUGGACGACCAGCACAGCGACAAAGGCCGGACCAAAGACGGCGAGCGUGCAGACGCUUCACAGCCGGAUCAGAACCGAGAGCGUGAACAGGGAAGUCCUGGGAAUCUGACCCCGAUGCCAGAAGGGCGCAAACAAUUCUCCAUAUUUAAGAACAUGGUGCUGACACAGCAGCCGGACACGGUCCAGAAAGAAGUUCAUCUUCUCUGGACAAACAGAAGUUCUGCCACUCGCCAAGUGAUUCUCUGCCAGCAGCCCGUCGUGUUGCCGACCGCCGCCCCGCAGCUCCACGCGCCCGUGUCUCGGAGAUCCGUCGUCAUGGGGAAGAAAAUAAACUCCUACCCCCGCAUCGCACCUCAUCCCAACAGGAAGCCGCCCGACAAACCUUCGUCAAGCGACGAUCCCCAGGAUCUGAGAAGGAGUGAGAGCUCACCUGGGACCGGGGGUCUACCUGAGCGACACCAGGGAGACACCGUGUCCUCCUCCAGCUCCGCUGCUGCUUCCUCCAGCCACGCAUCCUCCUCCGCGUCCAGAGGACGUCACAGGAGCGGCGUCGCCAGCGCUCGCCACCGCCGCUUCCUCAACAUGGUGAAGGUCCUCCGACAGUCGGGUUUGCUACACAUUACGCUGCGCACCAAGGAGCUGCAGCGCCAGAGCGACGCCGUGGGGCAGGACGUCGCCCAGCUUCGACGGCACGUGGAGCUGCUGUGCGAGGCCGCCUGCCGCCCCCCGGACGGUGCAGCGGCCUUGGAGCGUCUGCACAGAGCCAUGGCCGAGUCCCGCAGCUACCCAGACCUCAACCUCAUCCCGCCUCAUCCAGAAUCUUCUUCUGGUCGACCUCAAAGUAUUGCCUCAGGUGACGAGGACGCCGCCGCGCCGCCGUCUCGCCUCGUCACCAUUGUACUGAACCCGAACUGUCCCACGUGGCAGCAGGCUCGGUCCGAACGCAGUAGGGAGCUCAACGCCUUCAUGUCACCUGACAGUUCUACGGGUUAGUGCCUUGAGGAGGAGGGGGAGGAACCGGUAGUUAUCUUAGGAUAUCAUGUGUGUUUUGUAAUGUUUUAUUCUGGGUUAUUUUCAAACUGAAACUUGUAUACGUUGCAGUUUUUUGUCUCCCUGUUGAUUAUGUGACUUGACACUGAAAGCUGAUCCAAUGAUUAAUGCUCUCCAGUGCAGUUCAUCCCCCGCGGCAUCAUCUCCCCAUUCACCACCGCAGAGUUUAUAGAACCACGUGCAGGAGGAGGAGACGCUGUCGGUGUGUGAGCCACUCAAAUGAUUAUGGGAAAAUAAAAUGUUUCCCUGCAGGAGGAGGAGGAGGUGGAGGACAAUGGCUCACACACACAGGUGGCACUUAAUGCAGUAAUGACAACUUCCCUGCGUACUACCAGUUCAAUUUAAUACUUCAGGGAAAAUAUGAAAAAAAAAUCCCUCUCCUAGCAGAUGGAAAAAAGAUGGUUUCUAAUAAUUUCCUGAGCGAAAUGGACAGAUGGUGAGCGGUCGCUGUGAUCGGUGCCUUCUGAUCAACAUCGGCCGAACAGAAAGACUCUUUAAGGAAACGGGUAUCACCUGAGACGCAACCAAGAUUUUAUGUUGCAGAAAGAAAUUGUGUACUGUACCGUUACAGACUUUUACACUGGACGGCUGCAAGGACUUGUUUUCAAAUGUCUUCCCAACAAAAGCCAAAGCCUUAAAGACGUUUUCUUUCCACAUGAUACUUUCAUGAUCAUCAUCAUCAUCAUCAUCAUCACCACAGGUUAUUAUUCUCAGUCAAGUCUUUAUUACAUACGCAGCACACGCUUGUGAUGAGUCAACCAAAGACAGUCACACUGUCUGUUUCAUUUCGUAGCUGCAGCACCGUUUGCGUCGUGAGCCUGAGGGAGUUUGUCAGUGUUUGUAUGUGAAAUUGUUUGUUGAAUAAGUGAUGUAUUUUGCAUGCAUGUGGAAUGCAUGAGAUUUUUUGUUCCUCCCACUUCUUUGUGCAUGUGGCAAACGGCCAUGCACACAAUUCUGAAAGUGAAAGUGUUUUUUCAUCAUUUUUAAUGUAUUCAAAUAAAGCAAUAUUUGUCCAUGAUGUGGACUGACUUUC